AAUGAGACCGUGGGAAAUUGAGGACCCUCUUCAGUUUCUUCACCAGUUCAUCCCUUCACCUGAAAAAAAAAACGAGAAGAGUUAGAGAAAUGCAAUUAAGAGGCGAUCUUUACCGAAACAACGGCUGGAGCUCCGGUGAUGGCGUUUUGAGCUCCGACGGUGGUAUUUAUGGUACCUACGUCUUCGACCUUCACCAUCUGAGGUUCACCGACAAAGCAAAAGAAUUUUGGAUCUUCGACAAAGCUCUGACAAUUGUUCUUGUGCUCCAGCGUCGUCGAUUUAAGCUUCAAUCUUGUUUAUGGUGUUCUAUUUGUCUUCGAUCUGGAGCAAAGGACUUUUGAAAUUUUCAGGUACAUAUGGGGAGAAAGGAUCAACACAAGAUAGAGACCGAGAAACAAAAACUUGCCAAGCAAGAGACUGCUAGACAUGGGAAGCCUUUAACCUCUGAAUCUACAACGGGAGGAACUUCUAGGCAACAAGCCUUGGCAGCAAAGAAGAGAGAUGGCAAGCAGGUUGUAACUGCCGAGGGAGUAGAUGCUAGUGGUAGACGAUCAGCCUCUUCCAAGAGGUCUAAGGAGCCAAAGGACAAGGGGAUAGCUCUUCCUCAAGAGGAGAAAAAUGAAGACAUCACUGAAGGAGACCAAGCUCCCCUCAAGAAAGCCAAAGUGUCUAAAGGGAAGAAGGUUGAUACUGAGAGGAAUAGAACCAAGAUAUCAACUGAAGAUGAGCUAUAUGGGCAUUUGAAGAAUGGUGUGUUGUGGCCUCCAACUCGAUUUGCGGAUAUCAAAAUUAUGGAAGAGUUGGAGAUAGGUGACAACAUUAUGCAAAUGUUGGAGCACAUGAACAUGCAGAGCUUCUCCACUAUGGCCUACCCUACCUAUGAAGACGAGUCAUGUUAGUUCUUGGCAUCGUUAGAGGCCACCUUUCACACCACCAAACAUGUGCGGCAAGGAUGGGGAAAGAUCAAAUUCAAGAUCCAAGGAAAGGUUUACUACAUGACCUUCAAGGAGAUUAGACAAGCAUUUGGUCUUAAAGAUUUGGAGGAAUCAUCCAUCCCCAUACCUUAUGAUGCAACUAGGGAGGAGAACAUUGCCAAAAUGGUUUGGAAGGUGUUGGCGGGGAAGAGUCGCAAAGCCAGCCGCGACAAGAACGCUUCCAUUCGCCAUCCUUCCGUGCGCUAUCUCCACCGGUUGAUUGUCCACACCAUUUUCCCAAGGAAAGAACCAGGAACUAUUAAUGAUGAGGAACUACAACUUCUUCACCAAACCGUCCAACAUUAUGCUCACCCAUCUCAGUUGCCUCUUGUCAGCACUGAUUUCUACAAGAAUUUUGGAGUGGUGGGAUUCUUUGUGAAACGACUCAUCCACUACAAAGAGUGGGCUUCGACAACAAGUGACUCGGAACCUCAGAUUGGAAUUGAUGGCUUGAUAACUCCAUUGCUUAAGUUCAAGGAUAUAUCCUUAGAAGAUGAUCCAAUUGGUCCCGCUUUCAUGGAUGGAAGCUACUUGAAGAAACCUCAGUACUCCAGUGAAAGAUUCGAGGGAACUUAUGUCUACUCUUACCUACAGUCUACAAAGGAGGUUGAAGUGCUUCUCCCAAAUUGGAACCUCACGAGUUUGACGCGGCCAGGAGCUAUUAGCUUUGAUAUUGGGGAAGAGCACCUCCUUGGACCCCAUGGUCCUCUAGGCCCCAUGAGAUCUCCCAAGAAGAAGAAGACUGCAGAUAGAUGUGAUGUGUUCCAAAAAAACACUUUCGGUUAAAACUCCGAGCUCCUCUAUGGUCCUCCUCGUUACCACUUUGAGCAACGUCCUGGAGCCAUACCCAAUGGUCCCCUUUGCCAAGCUCAUGAGCAUAUUGGCAACCUCCAAAGGUGGAACAGAGCUCAGGACAGAACUAUCUUCAAGCUCAAAGCCAAAUGUAAGGAGUUGAGUAAGACUGUGAAGAGGCAAGCAGAAGCUUCAGCUCAGUUCAUGAAGAAGGUGGCUGAUAUACUAACUAGAGGAGCUGUGGCAGGAUGCUCAUCAUCAGACUUUGACUUCCUUACCCCCCCCCAGCCGCAACCCCCAAUAGAUCCUUUGGCACUCAAUUUCCCCGCCACCAAGAAACAGCUGCUCCGCCGGAAGCGAAACCCACCAGCUCAACCAUCCGAUUCAUGAAACAAGUCUCCAUCCCUUGCCUCAACAGAUAAGGAAGCUGACACCGAGGAUGAGGCAUCAGCCUCUUCCCACGCUCCAUAUUGAGGUACUCCUCCACCUUUCCAUUGUAUAUAUCAGUUUUUCUUUGCAUUUUUCUCUCUUUUCGGUAUCUCCUUCAACUUCCUAACGCAGAGACUUUGUGAACUAAGUUUGGGGGAGGUACCAAGUAUUUGAUCAUGUUUUCUCUGAUGAUUUGAGUCUCAC